CGCUACUACAUGGGCUGCUUGCUGCUGGCGCUUGAGUUCCUACAUGGCAAUGGCUUGCUGCACAGAGACAUCAAGCCAUCCAAUUUGUUGCUCACUAGCGACGGUACGGCCAAACUGGCGGACCUGGGCUUCACGGUGGCCCUGGAUGCGAACGGACAUACGGUGGGGUGCUGCGGUACGGCAGGUUACAUCGCGCCCGAGGUGUACGCGUACGGCACGUCAAAGAGCCGCAUGUGCUACGGUGUGCCAGCGGACAUUUGGAGUGCGGGGGCAACUCUGUAC